AUGUCAGGUGGCUAUUGUAUGGUAGUGCAGUUUGGAUCUGCAGGAGCAGCCACACUCUCUAGUAAACCGGUGAGAGUAUUGUUUGUAUAACGUGGAGUCUUCAUUACUAGUUACUUCUUGCACAAACCCUUAUUCUAUUGGUAAUAACACUACUUUGAAGAGAACUUGCAAUUUUAUUUGUAAAUUUCUGCAACGUUAGGAAGAGCUAUCUUGAGGGAAACACACAGAAUACCACCUUGUGGUCUUUUUGUUGUCUGCAAAGUAGGGAAGGGCUAACUUGAGCACAACACACCAAAUACCACUCCCGCGUCUGUGUUUUUUUUUUGUCUGUUUCCUUUCCAUUGUACCUUAAAACUGUUGUCCUCUAUAGAGGCACUUCUGUUUAGUGGCAUCUUUUACAGUGGAUGCAUAUCAUUUUUCUACAAAUUAAUCGGUUCAAUUACCUUUAAAAGAAUGUGUUGAGGAGAGUUGUGUUUAGUAACAGUCGAACCUAUACUAACGGCCACCUCUCUACUACGGUCACUUUUUUGGGCAGACAGUCCAUAUAUUGACUCUUGUUUAGAUUUCUCUACAGCGGCUCCUUCUCUGCAACGGCCACUUUCUUCUGUCCCCCAAGGUGGCCGUUGUGGAGGGUUUCAACUGUACUUACUACCCAUCGUUCGGAGAGUUCGUUGGCCUCGUCAGCUAAAUACCCUCCCAAUUCUUAAAUAUAGUAAGAGCCAACUAUGUUCGCUAACAUAGAGUUUCACUUACUGUCUCUUGCAGAUCACAUUUACAGCGAAGGCUGGUCUCCCUGUGAAGCUUGAACCGGAGAAAAUGCCUGCGACUCCUACUGUUUCCAACACUCAAAGGACCAACAGCCGAACCCUGGUGAAGACACUCAAGUUACAACUUAAGGUUCAAAUAUUUACUGUUUUUUUUGUUGCUUUCUCUCCUCACUGUAAUGCCAAAAUGACCCCAUAUUUUCGAUUACCGUCUCUUUGCGAUGUCAUGCGUAUAACUGUAGGCCAGCGUCGGUGAGCGUUAGGGAGAUUACGCAACGACGCGACGGCAACGAGAACGGCAAAAAAGCAAUAGGUGUAGACAAGCAAAACAACAACUUCGAACGUGCAUCACGCUUUAUCGUACAUUUUUCAACCGUCGUUGCACGACUACAACUUCACGUUUUGUCGAGGACGGGAACAAAGGAUAACAACUUUCUUUUUCUUUUCCUGAACUUUGAUGCAGUCUUUUAGAAUUCAACUUCCAAAAAUAUGCCAACAUUUGACGAAUUAAACGAGAAGGAAUAAGCGCAGUAAAGUUUGAGGCGGCGCAAAUUCACUUUUUAAGUGACGUUUUCGUAGCCGUCGCCGUCCUCGUUGCGUAACGAUGUUUCAUAAUAUUGACAGGCCAUACACGACUCCCUUUGGCCAAGUUGUUGUAUAUCUUUGACCUUUAAGCUUCAUAGUUUGAGUUGUUCAUAAUGUUGACCGGCUAUUCACGUCUAUCUUUGGCUCAGUUGCUGUUGCUUUGACUUUACCUUCAUAGUUUAGCUCUUACGAGUAUAUCUUGUAGUGACUUUCCUCUUUUGUAAGAUAUUACGGGAGGGUCUUUAAAGAUUUCUCUAAGCAACGGUUGGUUCUCUAUAAGAUACCACUUGUGCAUAAUGAUUUUUUUUAGAUUCGGUACUGAUGGGCGAUAUUCUGUCACGAAUGGUAGUAUUUUCUUCUGCGUUUUUGUUUUGUUUUGCAAAGCCGACAUUCUUUCGUGAUGCUUGACUUCUGAUAGGUGCUUAUCUAUCACUUUAUCUCUAUAACCCCUCAUACGGAGUCUUUGCUUGAAAUUAGUUACGUUCUCUUCGAACGUUUUCUCAGAAGAGUUUGUUCUGAGUAAUCUUAAGGCCUCGCCUUUUAUGAAUCCUUUCUUAACCCCUGGGGGGUGACAUGAAGAGAAGUACGUGUAUUGGAAAGCUUCUGUCGGUUUGAAGUGUGUACGCACAUCUAGGGUUGAUUCCUUCUUAAAUCUUUCUCCUUUGUAAAUACAUGUAUCCAGAAAGGCGGUUUCUGUUUCUGAAACUUCAGCAGUAAAUUUUACGGUCGGGUGGUGUUUAUUUGCUAGUUCGAUGAAUGAGUAUAUUUCUUCUUUGUCUACAUUCCACAAUGAGAAUAUGUCAUCGAUAAAUCUCUUCCACACUAGUGGUUUGUGCGGACUUUUGUUGAUAAUUUCUGUCUCUAUUGCAGACAUAGAAAUGUUAGCAAAUACAACUGCCAUUUUUGUUCCCAUAGCUGUACCUUGUACUUGGCGGUAAUUUUUUCCAACAAAUUGGAAAGAAUUCUCCUUUAGGAUUAGUCUGAGCAUAUCUGCGAGGUAUUGGCUGGGUAUUGGAGGUUUGUUUUGAUAGAAUGUUUCGUACGCUUUGCAUAUAAUGGUAAUUCCUUCCUCCUGUGGGGUGUUUGUGUAUAGGCUAGUUACAUCCAUAGAGACUAAAAUAGCAUUUUCUACGACCCUGGUUUUCUCUAUGAAGUUGAUAAAGCCUGUCGUAUCUUUAAGAUACGAUUUUUGCGAUUUAGCAAUUGGUUGGAGGAGACUAUCAACAAAUUAAUGAUGAGAUUCUUUCUGUCGGGCCUUCGCAGCCCGAUAUGAUCGGUCUUCCAACUGGUGUUGGUUUGUGAAUCUUUGUGAGAGUGUAGAAUUGUUGUAUUCGCGGCGGAUUUGGCAUGAGGGAUAGCCAUCGUCUUGUCAUCUCGUCUAUAUGUUUUUCUUUGUAAUGCUUAUCUAUCAAUUUCUUGACCCUUUCAGAGGUUUCUACUACCAUUGGUGUUUCUAAGGGUUUGUAGUUUUGUCUGUCGUCUAAUUGUAUUUGACCUUCUUUUAUUUUGUCUUCUUUGUUGAGAACAACAAUAGAAGAGCCUUUAUCUGCUCGUUUUACGUUGAUGUCCGGGAUAUGUUUCAGUUGUUUGAUGGCAAGUUGUUCUCUCUUGGGUAGAUUGUUUCUAGGCGUGAUUGUAUUUAUAUUAGCAAGUUGUAGUUUAACCUCUUCUAGGUAUGUUUCUAGUGCGACUGAUGGUUGGACUGGUGGUUCCCAGUCUGACUUUACAUGAAAGGGGUGUUGCUCUUUAUCUUUUCCAUGAAAGAUAUAUUGUAGACGCAUUCGUCUAGCGAAAGCGUUGAAAUCUUUUAAUAGUUCUGCUCUAACGUGACCUGUGUUUGUCAUUGGUGCGGGGAUAAAUUUAAGACCCUUGACAGAACAUUUAUCUGAUCGCGUGUCAUUUUGUAAUCUGAGAGGUUUUUGAUAUGUUUCUUUCUUGCUUCUGUUAUAUUCUUAUCUAAAUCACGCGCUAUUUUUCGCCUCCGUUCAUUGCUUUUUUUGGUUGACAAUGACUGCUUUUUCUUUCCUCUUUCCCUUUUUAGAUAAUCUAUAUUCUCAGAAAACACUCUCGGAUAAGAUUCACUUUCUUUAUUCUCUUUAGCAUUUUGUAAGACAUACUUCAUUUUGUUGAGUUCGUCUAUUUUCUUCUGGAUAUUCUCUAGUUUCUGUUCGUGACUGCAUUCUAGAGUAUUAGAUGGUAGAGUAUUAGAUGGUACACGUGAUUCCUGCUCUAGUUUUACAAGUUUAGAUUUGCUUCUUUCGACUCUACGGUCGAAAUGACGGAAUAUCGCCCCUCAGUACCGAAUCUAAAAAAAAUCAUCAUGCACAAAUGGUAUCUUAUAGAAAACCAACCGUUGCUUAGAGAAGUCUUUAAAGACCCUCCCAUAAUAUCUUACAAAAGAGGAAAGUCACUACAAGAUAUACUCAACAAAGAAGACAAAAUGAAAGAAGGUGAAAUACAAUUAGACGACAGACAAAACUACAAACCCUUAGAAACACCAAUGGUAGUAGAAACAUCUAAAAGGGUCAAGAAAUUGAUAGAUAAGCUUUACAAAGAGAAACAUAUAGACGAGAUGACAAGACGAUGGCUAUCCCUCACGCCAAAUCCACCUUGAAUACCACAAUUCUACACUCUCACAAAGAUUCACAAACCAACACCAGUUGGAAGACCGAUCAUAUCGGGCUGCGAAGGCCCGACGGAAAGAAUCUCAUCAUUUGUUGAUAGUCUUCUCCAACCAAAAAUCGUAUCUUAAAGAUACGACAGACUUAAUCAACUUCAUAGAGAAAACCAGGGUCGUAGAAAAUGCUAUUUUAGUCUCUAUGGAUGUAACUAGCCUAUACACAAACAUCCCACAGGAGGAAGGAAUUAUCAUUAUAUGCAAAGCAUACGAAAAAUUCUAUCACAACAAACCUCCAAUACCCAGCCAAUACCUCGCAGAUAUGCUCAGACUAAUCCUAAGGGAGAAUUCUUUCCAAUUUGUUGGAAAAAACUACCUCCAAGUACAAGAUACAGCUAUGGGAACAAAAAUGGCAGUUGCAUUUGCUAACAUUUUUAUGUCUGCAAUAGAGACAGAAAUUAUCAACAAAAGUCCGCACAAACCACUAGUGUGGAAGAGAUUUAUCGAUGACAUAUUCUCAUUGUGGAAUGUAGACAAAGAAGAAAUAUACUCAUUCAUCGAACUAGCAAAUAACCACCACCCGACCACAAAAUUUACUGCUGAAGUUUCAGAAACAGAAACCGCCUUUCUGGAUACAUGUAUUUACAAAGGAGAAAGAUUUAAGAAGGAAUCAACCCUAGAUGUGCGUACACACUUCAAACCGACAGAAACUUUCCAAUACACGUACUUCUCUUCAUGUCACCGCCCAGGGGUUAAGAAAGGAUUCAUAAAAGGCGAGGCCUUAAGAUUACUCAGAACAAACUCUUCUGAGAAAACGUUCGAAGAGAACGUAACUAAUUUCAAGCAAAGACUCCGUAUGAGGGGUUAUAGAGAUAAAGUGAUAGAUAAGCACCUAUCAGAAGUCAAGCAUCACGAAAGAAUGUCGGCUUUGCAAAACAAAACAAAAACGCAGAAGAAAAUACUACCAUUCGUGACAGAAUAUCGCCCAUCAGUACUGAAUCUAAAAAAAAUCAUCAUGCACAAAUGUUAUCUUAUAGAAAACCAACCGUUGCUUAGAGAAAUCUUUAAAGACCCUCCCAUAAUAUCUUACAAAAGAGGAAAGUCACUACAAGAUAUACUCGUAAGAGCUAAACUAUGAAGGUAAGGUCAAAGCAACAGCAACUGAGCCAAAGAUAGACGUGAAUAGCUGGUCAACAUUAUGAACAACUCAAACUAUGAAGCUUAAAGGUCAAAGAUAUAUAUACAACAACUUGGCCAAAGGGAGUCGUGUAUGGCCUGUCAACAUUAUGAAACAUAAUUAAAUUUUGGGAAAAGAGUUGUAGAGAGUUGCAGUUGGUUGCCUUCAAAGAUUUCGUCCGUAAUUAACUAGUCUCAAUUUUAGCUACUGCUACUUUGAAGAUGAGUAGCAAGUCGCUGAAAAUGACCAAAACAAAAGAAAAAAAUGAACAACAAAAAGAUGACUCCAUUGACGGCGUCGAUGAAGCAUAACACAAAGGUGGUAACGAUUUUGUCUCCAAGAACUACGUUUACGACAUGAUGAAAGUGCAAGAGUCGAUGUCUCGUAAUUUACUUGAAUCCAUGUUGACCAGUGUUAACAAUAGAAUUGAUGGUGUGAUCAAAGACCUGACAGAAUUGAAUUCAAGUAUUCGUAUCACCUUAAUCUCCUGCCUAGUAGCUUAAAAACCCUCUUUUUAAGUAAUAAUCGGGUUCACCAUUAUGAAACUCGACAGGCCUCUCAGUAUAGACCUCAUUUUCGUAUAACUGAUAUUAAGCGGUUCAGUAUCCUUUAUCGAGGACCAAAAAUCUGGAGUUUGUUGCCAAUUUCACUAAACAGCUCUUCUCCCAUAUUUCCAAAGACGUUUUUUGUUUGUUUGCUUAUUUAUUUAUUAGAUUUAACAUAACAAACGUUGGGCGUUUUUUUCUAUUCUGAUCUGAAACCAACUAAUGUUGCAGCUCUUGUUAGUUGCUGAUCUCUCAACAACGUUAAAAAAUCCUCAGCAUGCAUAUUUAAAGGUCCAUUUCAAUAUUCAACAUUGCUUGAUACACAUUUGUUGAACAACAGCUCAAGCAUUUGUUGAUCAGCAAAUGCUGAACUGCGUGACACUGGCUUUAGGCAGCUUUGAGACAAGAUUGCUCUCUCUGCCGUUUGUUUUAGGACAAAUUUGAUAACCUGACUGGUGAGAAUCUGAAAAGAAAGGUGGUUGUCAAGGUAACGACACCAUCAGAAGGCAUUGACGAGAUCCCUGCUCUGAUUGGAAAUGUAUACUCCUUGGAAGUACCCCUGGUCAAGGGCGUGGCCACAGUACAAAACCUCCUCAUUCAAGAGAACACUGCAGGCAAAGACUGA